GUGAGGCAGGCCCAGGCCCGGGCUGAGGGGAAGGCGGAGGCGCCGCCGCCAUGGAGCUGGGGCAGGUGCCGCUGGUCUUCUCCCGCCUGCCCAUGUACCCCUUCUUCGACGCGGCCCAUUACCUGGCCUCCGUCAUGGCGCUGAAGGAGCAGCAGGGAGCAGUGGAAGUGUCACGCCAGAGUCCAAUUGCAUGUUGGUUUAGUGCUAUGCUUUACUGCUUUGGUGGGUCUAUUCUGUCUUCCUUGAUGCUUGCAGAGCCUCCUGUAGGGUUCCUUGCAAACAGCACUAAUAUCUUCCUGGCGUCUUCAAUCUGGUAUCUUGUAUUUUUUUGUCCACAUGACAUAAUCUACCGAUGCUUUUCCUUUCUGCCUCUUCGACUGAUGAUUGCAGGAAUGAAAGAAGUGACUAGGACUUGGAAAAUAACAGCUGGAGUUGCACAUGCAAACAGCCACUACAAAAAUGCCUGGCUUAUCAUGGUAGCUGUUGGUUGGGCCAGAGGAGCUGGUGGUGGCUUAAUCUCUAACUUUGAGCAGUUGGUGAGAGGUGUUUGGAAACCUGAAAGCAAUGAACUUCUGAAGAUGUCCUACCCCGUGAAAGUGACUCUGGUAGGUGCAGUACUCUUCACAUUGCAGCAUGCCCAGAACCUGCCGAUAGCAAGACACAACCUAAUGUUCUUUUAUACCACCUUUCUAGUGGUCACAAAGGUAACCAUGAUGUUGACACAAUCUGCAGUUCCUCCAUUUGCUCCUUUCGAGUCUGUGCUGGGCUGUAUGCUCUUUGGUUGGCAACAAACUCCAUCCAAAGUAAAGGCUGAAUAAAAUGGAUACUUAUACACAGUAGCAUAUUCCAAGGUAUGAAAAGCUCCUGAAGUCUUGUUCAAAUGAGCAAUGGAGUUAGAGUAAAAUUUUACCAAACAUUCACAUUAUGUGAAUAAAAAAUUACCACUGUAAAUAGUUUGCACUGCAAAACUGUGGAAAUGUGCCAAAACUAAGGCCUUUGUUCCCUAGAAAAAUAUCUGAAUUACUACUAUAAUUCAUGUUGCACUGAUCUUGAUUCUGCUUAGUCACAAACUGGAAAAUGUUUUUCAUUUUCUACUUUCCAGAAUAAGACUAAAUUCUCUUGCAUUUUUUAAAAAAAAUAUUAUAGUUAGUACUGAAAAUUUUCUAUUUGCUAACAUUUAUCUAGCUAACCCACUUUGAUACUGUCAGCUGAAAACUUUUGAUUUAUAUGUUUGCUGUUCUGUACGCAGUAUAUCAGAUAGUAACGUAAUAUUACUGUUAUUAAAUUGCUAAUGUGCAUUUGUAUUGAAGCAUAUGGUUUUUAGCGUUUCUUCCAUUUUCAUUUUGCUGUGACUGGAUGUGUUCUAGCAUGGCAUCUUAUCCCAAAUAUCUAAUAUCAUCUUCUCCUGCUUUCUAAGGUAGACCGUCAUUGUGAAAGGAACUCAGAAUUACAUGUUGCAAGUAAUAUCCAUUUUUCGAACCCAAAAUGUUUAUCACCUUAACCUUCUCCCUGAUUGUAGGAUAAAUACAUGUUUUUUACUUCCUGCACACUCACCUUUUCUGCACUAGUGUUUUUAUUAAAAUCUCCCAUCAUUUUGCUACUACCAGUUAAGCUGCGCCAAUGGCAAUAGCACUGGUGCAAAAACUGUGUUCAUACCUCUGUCAUUUAACCCUGUUUAGAUUAGGGUCAUACGAUGUGGUAAUAAAAAUACUUGUGCCCUGUCUGUUCCACCACUUAUCCUGGUACUAGCAUACUGGUGGAGCAGUUACUUGCUGGUCGUAAUGAGUAGGAGUACUUCUAGUGUAAGAUGCACUGGAAUUGUCCAUCAGCUUUUGCUGAAAUGCCUCUUCUGUUCCUUGCGUACGUUGCACACCAGUUUGGUAACUCAUUUGUAGCAGCUAUUGCCUUAGUGAAAGUCUCUCAGUUUUAGAAGAUGUAAUUAGUGUUUCAGAGAUGCCACUCACAAAAUGCAACAUCUUUCAUUUGGCCUGUCAUUCAUUUUGUCAUCAAAACUAUUUUCUUCUGUGUUUCUUCCGUCAACACCAGUCUGCACAAGCCUAACUUUUGUCUAACAGUGAGCACUUUUGAAGCAUUUCUGUAGCUAAAUUAAACCAGUUACCUCCAUGUGAAAAUGGCAAGGGGGAGAGAAAAUGUACAUUUCUCCUCAGAUUGCAGUUCAACUCUGAAAAAUGAUUGUGGGUAAACAGUUAUCCAAGUAGCUCAGGGGUCAGAUCUAAAAUCUGAAAAUGAAAUUCCUGUUGCAAGGUACACUUCUGAAUUUGAGAUAAUCUGAGUUCAGAUAUAUGCAAAUAUGGCACCUAAUUCAACAAAGCUUUUCAUAUAUACUCAUUCUUGUAGCCAACAUUUUUUUUACUGCUUUUUCCUCCUGUUAGUCCCAUCCAACAUAGCUGAGAGAGCAUGCUGAAUCUAUUUGAUGUAUUUUCAGGGUUGGCAGCUAGAAAAAACCUCUUCACCUAUGCACUGAGAACCUCUGAUAGGGAAAUAAAGAUGCAGCUAGAAUUCCAUGAUGCUACUUCAAGUCACUUCUCAGAUAAGAACCCCAACUUUAUAGUAAACCUUAGAUUUUAGGCAGUGUCCAGGUAACUGGCCAUGUAUUUCAGGUCUUUUUAACUAAAACAGCAACCUACUUCAACGUGGAAACAAAUACAUGAAAUCCAUCUCAUCGUUGGGCAAAAGUCUUAUGAGUCUAGUGCCUAAAGGACAGAAUGUCAAGAUUCUUGCCUUAUAACCUUGGGGCUUAGUUUAUUUUCCAGUAAUAAGUGGUAGGAGCAUUGAAUCACCUCAUACCAGAAUAUUGAUUACCCAUAUGAUUUUAGGUUAUAAAAGGGUAUUUGGAUGCCAUUAAAAGUAACUACUAGUUUCCUGGUUAACAGGGAGCUAAAAAUGAGACACCAGUAACUGCAGUACUUCCUGCACAUGUAAAAGUUUCAGGUAACUCUUAAGUCCCUAAGAGGUGUAUUAAGAUUGUGAACAAGUGUUUGAAUACUUCAUAGUACUAGACUUGGUACAUUGGGUUGGAGACACUUUUUUCCCCCCAGGUAACUAUAUUGUACUACUGUGAAAUACUGGCCAAUAUCACUAUUUUUAACCCAAAUGGAUAUGUGAAAAUAUCUUUGUUUACAAUAAUUUGAAGCAGAAAAUGUGGUGUGUUAUACUCAGUGUGGAUUUAUAAAAAUUACAUUAUUAAUAAAAUAAGUGGAAACA